AUGACCAAUGUGGGCAAGGAGUACUGCCUGGAAAUUAUCAAUCAGUUUGAACCGUGUUUGGAGAACAAGAAGCAAGGGGCUCUGGGAAUAGACGGCUUCACCAAUUACACACGGAGUCCGUCGGGGGACAUCUUCAAUCCAGAACACUACCAGGUGAACCAGGACAUGACCCAACCUUUGAGCCACUACUUCAUCACCUCUUCCCAUAACACCUACCUCAUGGGGGAUCAGCUGAUGUCUCAGUCUAGGGUGGACAUGUACGCCUGGGUGCUGCAGUCUGGCUGCCGCUGCGUGGAAGUUGACUGCUGGGACGGGCCAGACGGCGAGCCAAUUGUCCACCAUGGAUACACCCUCACCUCCAAGAUACUCUUCAAAGACGUGAUUGAAACCAUCAACAAAUAUGCCUUCAUCAGGAAUGAGUAUCCUGUUGUUUUAUCCAUUGAGAACCACUGCAGCGUUCUCCAGCAGAAGAAGAUGGCUCAGUAUCUGAUCGAAAUCCUAGGGGACAAACUGGACCUGUCUUCAGUGCGCAAUGAGGAUUCCACCAAACUCCCUUCCCCAGAAAGUCUUAAAGGAAAGAUAUUAGUGAAGGGCAAGAAACUUCCAGCCACCAUCAGUGAUGAUGCAGAGGAAGGGGAAGUGUCUGAUGAGGACAGUGCUGAUGAGAUUGAUGACGACUGCAAACUAAUGAAUGGAGAUGCUUCUACCAAUCGGAAGCGAGUAGAGAAUAUAGCAAAGAAGAAACUUGACUCGCUGAUAAAGGAAUCCAAAAUCCGUGACUGUGAAGAUCCAAACAAUUUUACAGUCGCCACUCUGCCACCAUCUGGGAAACUCAGCCAAAAGUUGGACAUCAAGAAGAACAAACUUGAGGAUGAAGUGGAAUCUGGGGAAGAUUCAAGCACCAACAAACGGUACAGCCGAUCGUUGAUGGGCAGCUUUUCCAAACGCAAGAAAAAAGGAAGCAAAUUGAAAAAGGCAUCCAGCCUGGAAGAAGGUGAAGAUGACCUAGACUGUCAAGGAAACUUAGCCAGGGGCACGGUGCAUUAUAGCAGGAUGAGCAGACAGAAGAAAACAAUGAAGCUUUCCCGGGCUCUCUCUGACCUGGUGAAGUAUACAAAGUCUGUUGGGAUCCAUGAUGUUGAAACUGAAAUCUCUUCCAGUUGGCAGGUCUCAUCUUUCAGCGAGACAAAGGCCCACCAGAUACUCCAGCAAAAGCCAGCACAAUAUCUGCGUUUCAACCAACACCAGUUGUCCCGCAUCUAUCCGUCUUCCUAUCGUGUAGAUUCCAGCAAUUACAAUCCCCAGCCCUUCUGGAAUGCUGGCUGCCAGAUGGUUGCAUUAAACUAUCAGUCAGAGGGGAGAAUGCUGCAGCUGAACCGGGCCAAGUUCAAUGCCAAUGGGAAUUGUGGCUAUAUCCUCAAACCGAAGUGCAUGUGUCAAGGUGUCUUUAACCCAAAUUCUGAAGACCCGCUCCCCAAUCAGUUGAAGAAGCAGCUGGUGUUGAGGAUAAUCAGCGGGCAACAGCUACCGAAGCCCCGGGACUCCAUGCUGGGAGACAGAGGAGAGAUUAUAGAUCCAUUUGUAGAGGUAGAGAUCAUAGGGUUACCAGUGGACUGCUACAAAGAGCAAACUAGAGUAGUUGAUGACAAUGGUUUCAAUCCAAUGUGGGAGGAGACUCUGGUGUUCACAGUGCACAUGCCAGAGAUUGCGCUGGUUCGCUUUCUGGUGUGGGAUCAUGAUCCAAUUGGGCGGGAUUUCAUUGGCCAGAGGACGAUAGCUUUUACCAGCAUGAUGCCAGGCUAUCGGCAUGUGUACCUGGAAGGCAUAGAAGAAGCAUCCAUCUUCGUUCAUGUAGCUAUUAAUGACAUCUGUGGUAAGGUCAAGCAAGCUCUGGGCUUAAAAGGUCUAUUUCUCAGAAAUCCAAAACAGGCCUCACUAGACAGUCAUGCUGCUGGUCAGCUCCAUCGCAAACACUCCUUUAGCAGCCACAUCUUACGGCGGACGGCCAGCGCCCCUACCAAGAGUCAGAAGAAAAACAAGAAAGGCUUUCCUGAGAUUAUUAUCGACGCCAAAGACAACAGCUCUGAAGGGGCCAGUGAAGACCGCGAACUGGAAGAUUCUUCACAACCUCGCUUUGACAAAGAGCCGGAAAGCUCCUCUCCAUCGCUGGCUCCCAGAGAGGGGGCCAACGGAGAGGUACAUGGCAAAGGGUUGAAAGGUGUCUGCCAGCUCUCAAGGCAGAGGUCAGUCACUUCUUUAUGCAGCCUAGAAACUAUGACCGAAGAGCCCAUCAUUGCCAAUGAAAAACAACAUGCUGGUUCUUGCAUCCCUCUGCCUGUUAACCCCGGCAAUGAUUCUGAACAAGGAUCUGUGUCUCAUCAUUCCAGUGAAUCUAGAUUGGGAGGAAGUAGCCCAACAGACCAGCCUGAGAAAGCUGCUCUUGCUCAUGAAACACGAGCAGGCUUGGCUUCAGAAGACCGAGUGCUCAUAACUCCAGGGACAGCAGCCACAAGCAUGUUGGGCCAGGAAGAUGAAAGUAGAAGCACAAAGGGACCACUCGAAGAUGGGGGUGACUGGGAAAAGACCCAGGGUAGCGGAGAAGAUCAGUCUGGUUUGGCAGUGUAUCCUCAACGAACCUGGGGGAUGUUGGCACCAAGUGAUACUUCAGUCCAUUCCACUGAAAACUGUCAGAAGCAACAAGACCACGUAGAUCAAAUGUUACCAGAUGUGAACUGCAUUGCCGAAUCCAUAAGCCAGAAGGAUGGUGCCACAACCAGCCCACCACGAUCAAGCCACCUGAGUAACAGCACCCAGCCGUCUUUGCCUCCAGAUGCUUUCCAGAGAAUCCAGCCUACCUGGGCUCCAGCUGCUUCUGUUUCUCUGACCAGCUCUCACGUGUUAGUGAGGAGGUCAAAGAGCGAAGGGCACAAGAAUUUCGACUACUCAGCCUUAAUGAAAAAUCCAAGUAGCCUGUCCCCGGCAGCAGAAGUGUACUCUGAUGCCACUGUUCAUGACCAGAUCUGGAGCAAGCUAGAUUCCAGCAGUCAUCGGGACAGCAUGUCUUCCUCCUCCAGCAUGUCAUCCAAUGACACUGUGAUAGACCUCUCUCUGCCCAACCUAGCUCGCAAAAGCCUUCCAGAUCUAGGAACCCGUCAUGAAAACAUUGAGACCGUUGCUGUGAGAAAGGGCAUGCGCCCCCGGUCUGCUACGACAUCUGGUAAUGAAAUGCCAGUAGUGACUAAGAGCAAAUCCAAUCCCAACCUGCGGGCCGGCCAGAUGUCAGUUGAUGAGCUGCACCCCAGGCCACUGGCCAUUGUUCCUCAAGAUGCAUUAGCCUCCAUCCCAAGGAGGCAUACCUGGAGCAGGCUCUACAUGGAAAGUCUCAAACAGUCUUCUGUCAAGUCCAAAGCCCAGGAUAAAGCAGGGACCAGCCAGGCAAAAUCCAAAAGCCUUGGGGAUCUCACCUCCGAUGACAUCGCGUGCACUUUUGAAAGCAAGUACAGGAGCAUCAGCAGAAGCUUCGUCACUAAGUCGAUGCGAGAGCAACGCCGCUCCUCAGGCAUAAGGUCCUCGGCCAAGCCCCAGGACCAACUGACCGAGCAGCUGAAGAAGCUGACAGCCUUUCAGGAGGAAAACGACAUCACCUCCCCCACUAGCCUCGAGCCAGUUGAAUCUGAGGAGGAAGAGGACGGCUUGCUCCUCCGCAGGUCAUCCUCUCGCAGCCAGAGCAGGGUGCGGUACAUUGCCAACCGAGCCAAGCAAGCCCAGGAGAGGCAGCGGCUGCAGAGCCUGGGUCAGAUCAACGGGAGCCCCAUUGAGGAGAGGGGAAACCCUGAGGGAGCCUGCUGCAUUGCAAAAGGAGUUUGUACGGACUCAGCUUCCCCCAGUCUGUUUACACCCCAGCUAAAGAACCAAACAGAUUUUAACCAGGACACUGAGGUCUUCUUCAUGCUGAAACUCUAAUGCUGGGAAGCGCUGAACAAGGUCGAUAUUUACAUUCCUGUCCAAGCAAAACUCGGAAACCCAAGAGGCGUGAAAUGCCCACACGCGAGAUAACAUUUCUUCGCCCCCAUUAAAAAUAAAGCAACCAAAGAGAGAGGCUGUGAAGAGAUGGAUGACAGUGUAUUGGACGUCCAGAAUUAGGGCAGGCCCAGUGGAGUCAGUGGCUUGCAGAUACGGUUUCAGUUUUAAGGGUCUGGGGUUUUGGGGUGGCUUGUUUUGUUUUGGCAGCCUCUAAAAUGGCCUUUUUUUUCUAUCUGGCCACCAAUUUGCACCUGCAGUUAUCUGUGCGCUCAAGCUAUGUUGCCUCUGCCUUCCAGGUAAACCUCUGUGUGACACUAGUGGUGCCCACAACUACUUGCUCCCGCAAACUGCGGUCCAUAAAGGGAGGCCUAGCUUUAAAAUCUGGCCCCUGGCUGUUUUUCUGAAGAGGCAGAGGCACUCUGAGAUAGUCAAAACCAUAGUGUAGCUGUUUUCUGUGUUAAUAAUCUAGACAGCAGAGUCCACCACCCAGCCUGGUCUUGUAUGUUCCAGUGAAAGUCCCCGUUGCCUCAUUCUUUUAAGCUGAGGAACAGAAAUCUCUCCAUGUUCAGAAGCAGUGCUUUUUAACCCAGUCUGUCCAUGUAUACAAACUGUGUUGAGUUCUUGUUUCAGAACCUAAUUUUGAGGGAGGAGGAAGGUGCUAGAAAACAGACAGGAAAUGUCUUCUAAUGACUUUGUUUAGCUCUGCAAUAGCUAAAAUGAAUGCUACUAUUCCUUUGAAAAGAGAAUUGACCCUUUUAGGUGAGAUUUUAACCAUGCUGCUGUACAUAGCACCUUCAGGAUGAAUUUUUCUGUUAUGCACUGCCAUGCAAGAUUUUUGAGCAUAAGUUUUAAAAAAGAGAGAGAUAGAUAUAUAUAUAUAUACAAAUUUUUAGAU